AUGGAGAAACAAUGUUGGGGUCUCUCUUCCUGACUCACUGAACUAGAAAUACCAGGUGAACGGGUGCUUUGUUUUCAUGGACCUCUCCUUUAUGAAGCAAAGUGUGUAAAGGUUGCCAUAAAGGACAAGCAAGUGAAAUACUUUAUCCAUUACAGUGGUUGGAAUAAAAACUGGGAUGAAUGGGUUCCAGAAAGCAGAGUGCUCAAAUACGUGGAUACCAAUCUGCAGAAACAAAAAGAACUUCAAAAGGCCAAUCAGGAACAAUAUGCAGAGGGGAAGAUGAGAGGUGCUGCUCCAGGGAAGAAGACUUCUGGGCUGCAGCAGAAAAAUGUUGAAGUAUUUUUCAGACGAGAUGGAGCGCACACAGUUUGCUGUUUGGAGACCCCUACAAUAUCGACGCGGAAAACAAAAAAGAACAAACAGAAAACUCCAGGGAUUGGGGAGGGGAGCAGUACCAGUGAGACUCCUCAGCCUCCCAGGAAGAAGAGGGCUCGAGUUGAUCCAACAGUUGAGAGUGAGGAAACAUUUAUGAACAGAGUUGAAGUGAAGGUGAAAAUCCCCGAAGAGCUGAAGCCAUGGCUGGUGGAUGACUGGGACUUGAUCACCAGGCAAAAACAGCUCUUCUAUCUUCCUGCCAAGAAGAACGUGGACUCCAUUUUAGAGGAUUAUGCAAACUACAAGAAAUCGCGAGGGAACACCGAUAACAAGGAGUAUGCUGUCAAUGAAGUUGUGGCUGGAAUUAAGGAGUACUUCAAUGUCAUGCUGGGAACUCAGCUCCUCUACAAGUUUGAGAGGCCCCAGUAUGCUGAAAUCCUGGCAGAUCACCCGGACGCUCCGAUGUCCCAGGUGUAUGGAGCUCCACACCUCCUGAGGUUGUUUGUACGAAUUGGAGCUAUGCUUGCUUACACCCCUCUGGAUGAGAAGAGUCUGGCUUUGCUGUUAAACUAUCUGCAUGACUUCUUAAAGUAUUUGGCAAAGAAUUCCUCUGCUCUGUUCAGUGCCAGUGACUAUGAAGUGGCUCCUCCCGAGUACCACCGGAAAGCCGUAUAA